GAGUUAGAAAGUUACAAGUGGCAACCGGAGGCGAAGCCAAACAAUGUGGGAAACGGGAUGCCGUUGCCACAGUGACCGCUGCCAAAGCAAAAUUGAAACGGAGCCGCCGGAAAAUCCUAACACCUGCAGAAGAACGUCAAGAUUCUGUUGGCUGAUCAGCCCACAGAAAUCAGCCUUAAACCUCCAUUAAUUUGCAUUACCCAUCUAUUUCUCUAACACCCAAUUCACAGAAACUGCAACAAACAGGACCAACAAUGGUGACACUAGUGGUAGCAACAACAUUCGAUCCAGCAUCCAUUAAUCCUGCAAACGAGCUCCUCGCCAUGCCCGGAUGGAGCCCCGGCCCUCCUCUUCAGGAAAUGAAAAGCUUUGCCAAUCGAGACGUGAGGCUGCUGCAACACGACAGGAGUAUUGUGGUUGAAGAUGAUCUGGAUAAUCGUUGGGAGGAGCUCACCGGCGAGGUCGUGGACGAGGUCAUUUUCUUUAGUCGGCAUACUGCUGUUUCAAAUCGUCCUGCACUCACCGUUCAUCCGAUUGGGGUUCCUCAUUUGCGAGAUGGAGAAGUUCCGCCGCAAGGAGGGAAGCCUGGAUGGGCGGCGCCGCCGAGCCCUCGUAUAGGUCCCUGGUUGAGGCUCUUGAAAACCAUUGCACAAUCCCAUAACUUAGUGCCAGAGUUCGAGAUUACGUUGGAGGGUACUCAUCAUGGACCUGUGACAAAUAAACCAACUUUGUUUCUGGAAAUUGGCAGUACAGACGAGUAUUGGAGGAGGCCAGAUGCUGCUCGCGUUAUUGCUCUACUUGUCUGGGAAGGACUUGCUAUUGGAGGAGGAAGCGAUGUAGGAAACUGGAACAGGGAACAUAACAAGAACAAUAAAGUCCUUCUUGGCAUCGGGGGUGGACAUUAUGCACCUCGCCACAUGGACAUAGUUCUAAAAGAUGGAGUUUGGGUAAGCCACUUGCUCUCAGGAUAUUCAUUGCCAAUGGAAGAUCCAAAUCAGUCAAAUGGCGGAACAAACAACAAAGAUAUAGGCGGGAGCUGGAAAGAAGCAAUCAAAGCAGCAUAUGAGGCUACUAAAUUGGCUUUCCCAGGUGGAGAGAUCAUAGCACACCUUGAUCACAAGAGCUUCAAGGGCUGGCAGAAGAAUGCCAUAACAGGGUUCUUGGGUGAACAGGGCAUUAAAAUUGGCAAACCAAAUGACUUUUACUGAUUAUCAUUCUCCUGAAGAACAUCAUUCGAGAUUUACUUUAAGUAUUCAGUUGAUUAGUUCAUAGAGUUAAUGAAAGGAAUUAUUUAUAUCAUCAUAUAUUAUUCAGCAUUCAACAUGUUACUUUAUCA